AACUUCAUGUGCAACAGCUCCUGCAUGGGAGGCAUGAACCGCAGACCCAUCCUCACCACAUCCUGACCCUUGAGACUUCAGAGUACGUAUGGUUUCAUCUACCAGGAUUGGUGUGAGCUGAAAUGUAUUUGCUGGCUGUCUACAAGAAGACGCUGCAGACCAUCGCAGUCAUUUGAUCAGAGCGGAGGGCAGCCAAAGGCCUCAGUAUCUUGAGGAUUACAACACAAAAAGGCACAGUGUGACUGUUCCCUAUGAGCCGCCCCAGCCGGGCUCAGAGAUCACCACAAUCCUGUUCAACUUCAUGUGCAACAGCUCCUGCAUGGGAGGCAUGAACCGCAGACCCAUCCUCACCAUCCUGACCCUUGAGACUUCAGACGGACAACUUUUGGGCCGAAGAUGCUUCGAGGUGCGUGUCUGCGCGUGUCCCGGCAGGGAUCGUAAAACAGAGGAGGCAAAUAGUGCCAAACUUCAGACAGGGGCCAAACAAGUGAAGAAAAGAAAAAGUGCCCCAUCAACAGAUCCUGAUAUGUGCAAAAGGAAGUCUGGCUCAAGCACAGACGAGGAGGAAGUACUUAUGUUGCCAGUUAAAGGCCGUGAGCGCUAUAACAUGUUAAAAAAGAUAAAUGAUGCAUUAGAACUGGCUGAAAAAGAGGCUAAAAACAAAACCAGGGCUUCUAAGGAACUGCUGCCGUCCAGUGGAAAGCGCGUCUUGCAAAAAGCAGAACGAAGCGACAGCGACUAGUUGCAAUCUGCCUUCUUUUAACCGCCAUGUACGAGUACGAACAUCUACGAUCAUGACUAUGAAUCAUUGUUUACCUCCCUUUGAUGUUUCUACAUUAAUUCCUGCCAUCAGUCUGAGGGCAUACGUUGAGCAGUAACGUAUUAACGAUUCAGUGGGGCUUUACUAUUUUUAAUAAAUAGUUUUUUUUUCCGGCGCGACCCCAUUUUUUUUGUUUUUUAUUUUUCCUUCUCCUUUCCUCCCCUUUACCUCCACCCGUGCCACAGGCCCACUGAUGAUGAACAUGAUGAUGAUGACGAACAUGAUGAUGAUGAUGAUGAUGAUGAUGAUGAUGAUGAUGAUGAUGAUGAUGCAAGCAGACAGCUGCGUGCAAGGGCUGACCAUUUUAAACGAAAAAUAAAACAGACCAAACAGGCAAAAA